AAGAACAAAGGCAAAGAUCAGGAUGAAAUGAGAAGACGAAGAAAUGAAGUGACGGUAGAGCUGAGGAAAAAUAAACGAGAAGAAACUUUACAGAAGCGCAGAAAUGUUCCGGCUACUGAAUCUACGGAUGAAGAUGAUAUCGAGAAGACGUUAUCAAAAAUAAAUUUAUUGGAGUUGGUACAAAAGGCAGCGAGUUCAGACCCCGCUGAGCAAUUGGCGGCUGUACAAUCCGCCAGGAAGUUAUUAUCAUCCGAUCGUAAUCCUCCAAUUGAUCCGUUAAUUGAGAGUGGUAUUUUACCGAUCUUGGUACGUUGUCUUGAGCAACAUGAAAAUCCUUCGUUGCAAUUUGAAGCAGCAUGGGCUUUAACAAACAUUGCGAGUGGCACGUCGGCUCAGACGCAGGCGGUGAUGCAAGCUGGUGCAGUCCCAUUAUUUUUACAAUUAUUACGUUCCAGUCAACAAAACGUCUGCGAGCAAGCUGUCUGGGCUUUAGGAAAUAUCAUUGGUGAUGGACCAAUACCCCGAGAUUACGUUAUCAAACUCGGUGUAGUACAACCACUAUUGACAUUUAUCAAACCAGAAAUACCAAUAACAUUUUUACGUAAUGUAACAUGGGUAAUUGUAAAUUUAUGUCGAAAUAAAGAUCCGCCACCACCAGUACUAACUAUACAAGAAAUAUUACCAGCGCUCAAUGCUCUUAUUCUUCAUACAGACGUUAAUAUACUUGUUGACACAGUAUGGGCACUGAGUUAUUUAACAGACGGCGGUAAUGAACAAAUCCAAAUGGUAAUAAACAGUGGAGUUGUACCGCGACUGAUACCGCUUCUUUCGCACAAAGAAGUUAAGCUACAGACAGCAGCUCUUCGAGCGGUGGGCAAUAUUGUGACGGGUACUGACGAGCAGACACAGACUGUGUUGAACUGCGGAGCGCUCAGCCAUUUCCACAACCUGUUGACUCACACGAAGGACAAAAUAUGCAAAGAAGCCGUGUGGUUCUUAUCGAACAUCACCGCGGGAAAUCAGUCUCAGGUUGAGGCGGUAAUCGAGGCCGGGCUUCUGCCUCUCAUCAUCCGCAACCUUUCGAAGUCUGAUUUCCAGACGCAAAAAGAGGCUGCGUGGGCGAUCAGCAACUUCACGAUAAGUGGAAACAGGGACCAAGUCGCGCGGUUAAUUCAUGAAGGAGUUAUCGCACCUUUUUGUGAUUUAUUGUCGUGUAAAGACACACAAGUUAUUCAAGUCGUUUUGGAUGGUAUUAAUAAUAUGCUCAAACUCGCUGGUACUGAAGUCGAACAACUUGCUAAUAUGAUUGAAGAAUGUUCUGGUCUGGACAAAAUAGAAGCGCUGCAAGCUCACGAGAACGUAGAAAUUUAUAAAUUAGCUUAUGACAUUAUUGAACAAUAUUUCUCUGACGAGACCGAUGACACGAACCUAGCCCCACAAGUGGGAGAAGGAUCAUUUGACUUUGACCCAACAGCGACUAUUCCAAACGAAGGUUUCAAAUUCUGA